AUCAGAAUAAAUUUCAUCAACCAUAAAACUCUUCAUCUAUUCAACUUCUUGUACCAUCCACCGACUGAACCAAACAUACAGAGACGAGAUAUUCUUGAUCUAAGAACUGAAGAUUUUUCAAGAACAUGAAUGGUCUCAAAAACCAUUGCACCCACAUCAUUGCCUUUUCCCUUUUGUUCCUCACUUCACUGUGUGGAUUAAUCCUCUAUAAUCCGGCCGCUUUCCAGUCUGACUUUCCCUACACAAGGAAUGUGAACACUAGCCAACAAGAUGAGCUUGAACUGGCUUUGGCCGAGGCAUCGACAGAGAACAGAACAGUGAUAAUUGCUAUGGUAAACAAAGCCUAUGUAGAGGGUGAUGAUAAGUCGAUGCUAGAUCUUUUCUUGAAUGGUUUCUGGUUCGGUGAAAAUACGAGAGAUUUGGUUAAUCAUCUGUUGCUUGUUAACGUGGAUCAAGCGUCCUACGAACGGUGCAAGUUUCUUCGGCUUCAUUGUUACAAACUUGAAACAGAUGGUGUGGAAUUUGAUCGCGAGGAAGUUUACAUGUCCAAUGAAUUUAUCAAGAUGAUGUGGAGGAGAACCUUGUUUCUUGGAGAAGUACUUGUGCGUGGCUAUAACUUCAUUUUUACGGAUGCUGAUGUAUUAUGGCUAAGGAACCCAUUUCAGAGGCUGAGCUUCAACGAAAACAUUGAUCUACAAAUCAGUACAGAUAGUUUCAAUGGUGAUCAGUGGUCACAUAGCAACCCAAUAAACACUGGCUUUUACAUGGUCAGGUCAAACAAGAAGACUGUUAAAUUAUUUGACUUGUGGUAUUCAAGGAAAGAAGAGUCUAUUGGACAAAAAGAGCAAGACGUUCUAGAUGGAAUGCUGCAUGGAGAGGUGUUGAAAAAUCUAGGCCUUAGAGUAAGAUUCUUGAACACCCUCUACUUCAGUGGAUUUUGCCAAGACAGCAAGGACAUUAGAGCUGUCACGACUGUUCAUGCAAACUGUUGUCGAACGAUAAGUGCCAAGGUUGCUGACCUUUCCGCUGUUAUUGAUACUUGGAGGAGAUUCAAGCGCUCUGCGGCUAACGAAACAUUCACAUUUGGAAAUUUGAGCCAUGCGGCUUGUGCACAUUCAUGGGGAAAGUGAUAUCGUUUUUGAUGAAUUAUUUCGUCUAA